AAUAUCUGGCUCAACGUCGCACAACAGCAAUUUAUAUUAGUCAUUUUGAUAAUGUACCAUUAAUGAUGGGUGUGUCGAAUAAUCGGUAAGAAAAUUCAUUGAGAACCCAGUACGUACCUGGGCAUGGGCAUGGGUUUUCAAAUAACACCUGCGAUGACGUCAACCAGGUAAAGAAGAAGUUGCGGUAAACAUAAUCAAAUAUGGCCGUUCCCCUACAACAAGAGAUUGCGAUUGUUUUGUUAUUAGUGAUAGUGUUUGUUAGUGAAAUAAUUCUGGGACAGAUCAGCCAAUGGGGCUAUUCCCAAAUUCCCCCCAACCAACAAAACCCGUACAACAUUUACGGGCCUCAAACGUACAAUAUUCCAAAUCCUGGUGAUAAAGAUUACAGGACUUUUGUUUACAAAGGACGAAGGUAUGGACAGUUAAACAGUUACUAUGAAGGUACUCCUGGAGAUCCACGUAUCAGAGGCCAGGAUGAUCGAUUCUCUUACGACCGGCAAGGAAAUUCUCAACCAAUCCUCCCAGGAGUGUUGGGAGGUUGGAGGGAAGACCUCCAAGGGAAGAGGCGCGAUCAGACAAAAGAACUCAACCGGGACGUUUUUGUUCGAACGACUCAUGGAGAAGUGCAGGGAUUUCAAGUAUAUCUAUUUGAUAAUCCAAACCCUGAUUCCCUAUAUAGACCAGGAGCUGAAUUCAUUGAAAGGCAGAUGGGCAUCAGUAGCGUAUUUUUAGGUAUUCCGUACGCACAACCUCCGAUAAACGAGGGAAGGUUCAAACCCCCAAGAUUGCAUAGAGGCUGGCAAUUACUCCAAGCGGUUGAUUUCGGGCCUGCCUGCCCACAGCCCGUAAAAUAUACCGGAUCAACACUGGGCAUCCGAGAUAUGCAUGAAGACUGCCUUUACCUCAAUAUAUUCUCGCCCAAUAUAGAAGAAGGAACAGGCCAGAAAUACCCAGUCAUGGUCUAUAUCCAUGGUGGUGAUUUUAUUCAUGGAGCGUCCAAUCUGUUCCCAGGUCACAUUAUGGCGUCGUUUUACAAGGUUUUGGUGGUUACUUUAAACUACCGGUUGGGAGCUUUGGGUUUCCUCAGUACUGGGGACAUAAAUUCUCCAGGAAACUACGGAAUUCUGGAUCAAUCAAUGGCAUUGCGAUGGGUAUAUGAGAACGCGGAAAAGUUCAACGGUGAUCGAGACAGCAUCACGCUGUUUGGUCCAGGUGCAGGUGCAGCUUCGGCUGGGCUACUGAUGGUAGCUCCCAGUACCAGAAAUAUUGUCACCAAAGUGAUAGCCCAAAGCGGAUCAGCUGUGGCGGAUUGGGCAAUGAUAUUCGAUCGAUAUCGCGCACAAAAUACAAGCAUAGUUUUUGGAAGGCAAAUAGGCUGCAGUACGGAAUCUUCCUGGAGACUGGUGAAUUGUCUGAGAAACUCCAGAAGUGCUUAUGAGAUUGGCAACGCCGAAUUUCCACCCGAUGUAGGCUUUUUUCCAUGGGCGCCUGUGAUUGAAAUGAAUGUCUCCAUGCCGUAUUAUGAAGGCUGGUACGAAAACAAUUGGCACUUUAUGGACGAUAGCGUGGAGAGUCUCAUUAGGAAGCGAAUGUUUAACCCUGGGCUCAGAUAUAUGAGCAGUGUAACUCUUCAAGAAGCUGCAACUUUUAUCAGUAAGCAAUACAAAAUACGCUACGUGAGCCGGCUGAGUGCCAUAUGAAAACAAUUUUUAUCAAAAGAGAUAGACUUUCGAGGCCAUUCCUUGAAACAAUUGGUUCUCAGGUACAACUACACGCUGAAUCCCAAUGGAACUUUCAAUGCAAUCAAGUACAUGUACACUUAUUGGCCAGACCCUAACAAUCGGACGAUGAUUAGGGAGAAGUACAUUCAACUCUUAUCGGACUUUCUUUAUACAGCUCCUAAUGAUAAAAUAGUAAAGUUGUUGGUGGAACAAAACGUGCCAGUAUACAUGUACGUGCUGAACACUACAGUCGAAUCUUUUAAACUCCCCGAAUGGAGGAAAGUUCCCCAUAACAUCGAACACUACCUUUUGUGUGGUGCUCCAUUCUUGGAUGUUGAAAUGUUGCCAGCCAAAGAGCGAUUUGUUAGGGACCAGUGGACGAACAAUGACAGGAAUAUGAGUCACUUCUUUAUGAAAGCAUACACAGAUUUUGCCAGAUAUGGAAAUCCCAGCCAUACGCAAAUUCUGGGCAUUCAUUUUGAGGAAAGCGUGAAUGGCCAGUUAAAAUACCUAAAUUUGAAUACUACAUAUAACUCGACUAUUAUGUGGAACUUUCGUCAAACAGAAUCAGCAUUUUGGACGAUGUACAUACCACAAGUUGUGGGCCAUUUCGUCCCUACCUACCCUCCAACAACUGAGUUUUGGUGGGAGCCCAGGGCUCCGCUUCAGGUAGCGUUUUGGACGAUGUCAGGGUUUUGCCUGCUGCUGAUAGUCCUGCUGGUGCUUUGCUGCAUGUUGUGGAGAAACGCUAAGAGAUCGAAAGACAGAUACUACAAUACGUACUUGUACCCUUCCGAUACAGAGAACGAUGAAGGAAUUGAAAACGCCAGAGGACCCGAGGACUACUCUGAAAAGAUAAAGUCCCAUGUGACCCGAUCGAAUAGUGCUUCGUCUUUACAAACUGUAUCUCUAAAAGAACUUCAAGGAUUUGUAACUCCCAGCCCUACUGAAGAAAUGCCGCCUGUGCUACAGCAGAGGAGCAAAGUCAGAUCAAACUCAGCUAUGCUUCAAGGAGUCCCUCAAACGGAUGUUUGAUGCCAAUAUCCAAUUGGUCAACAUUUGAGAAUCCUAGUCAAUAUCAUUCAUACUUCUCCCCACAUUCAGAAUUUUAUAAAAUGCAAUAUUUAUUUGAUCUUCUUAAAUAUUGGCGUUAAAUGAGCCAUAGUUUAUUCAGCGUCAAUGGGAUUCAUGUGAAAGCCGUUAUGCAUUAACGUCGGCUGAGAUGUACACAUUUUUAUAGUAUUAUUAGAAACUUCUACUAUUAGAUCACAAUUCUUCCUUGAUACGAGCAAAAUAGAAAUGCUAUUGAACCAUUUGUUUAUGUACUGAUGAGGUGCCAACUAAUUUUAUAUUUUGUACAAUUUUAAAAUUAUGCAUCGAGAUGCAUGGAAAACGGACAAAGCUAUUUGUCCAAUCAGUUUUUAACAAAGACCGAAAUGAUUUUUUACUGACAACGUAAAUAAUACAAACAGCCAAUAAUGAUUUUAAAGGUUCAUUCGUUUUUCGUGCAGCUCUCUGUACGUAGGUAUAUAUAUUUAUUUAGAUUGCAUAUCAGUGCAAUUUUAUGAUCGGUUCUUCAUGUAGACUCUGUAGAGGACCAUUCAGUGUGAAAUAUUACAAAUUUGUCCGUCCAAUUGUUAAUUGUAAGCUUUUAAUUUAUUAUAAGUAAGUAUGUGUUAGAAAGUUUCUCUUAAAAUAACGAAAAUAUAAUCACAGACAGCCUUAUUGUACAAAAUAGUGAAUAAAGUGGUGAUUCUAUUAUAA